GAAGCGCUCAGAAUGGGUCCUCUGCUUCGGCACCCUUUUGCUUUCCCUGUUGAUUUCCCGCCUGCCACACAGCCGUGAGUGGGCGGGGCCGGCCGUUAAUUGCCUGGGCCAGGGAGCCACAGGUGGAUGGCUGGCCCCAAACAGCCUCACUGCCAAAGCCUCCUGGCUGGGCUGACUCUCUGCUGGCCGGCGAUGGACCCCUGGCUCCUGCUGCCCGUGGUGGCCCUGCUCCAGCGGGGAUAUUCAGGCCAGCUCUGGCCACCCGUGGGCCCCCCUUAUGCCCCCCUUCCUGAGGCCGCCGCCCCCCCUGCGGUGCAGGUGCAGUGUGAGCCGCACCGCAUGGUGGUGACCGUCCGCAGGGACCUCUUUGGGGCAGGGAGGCUGGUGGAACCCACGGAGCUGGCCCUAGGGGCUGCUGCCUGCCCCCCUGUGCACCCAGAUGCUGGGGCGGGCGUGGUGGUCUUUGAGGCAGGCCUCCAUGAGUGUGGCAGCGUGGUGCAGAUGACCCCUGACCUGCUGAUCUACCAGACCAGCCUCUUCUACAGGCCUUCGCUUGCCAACCAUCCGGUUAUUGUUCGAAGCAGCGGUGCCACCAUCGGCCUUGAAUGCCACUAUCCCAGGACAGACAACCUGAGCAGCAAGGCCAUCCAGCCAACCUGGUUUCCCUUUGGGUCCUCGGUGUUGGCAGAAGCAAAGCUGGGGUUCUCCUUGCGGCUGAUGAACGAUGACUGGACUGCCGAAAGAGCCUCCACUCACUUCCAGCUGGGACAGCCCAUGUACCUUCAGGCUGACGUCCAGGCAGAAGGUCACCUUCCUCUGAGGCUGUGGGUGGAGAGCUGCAUUGCCGGCCUGAGCCCCAUGCCCACCUCCGGGCCCCAGCACGCUAUUAUGGGCUCCAGCGGAUGCCUGCUCGACGGGAGGGAAGAAGGGGUCUCUUCCACGUUCCUCUCCCCACGGCCGCACCAGGAGACCCUGCAAUUCACGGUGGACGCUUUCCAAUUCGCUGGAGAGGCCCAGAAACUGAUCUACAUAACCUGCCACCUGAAAGUUACCCCGGCGGAGCAGGCACCGGAUGCUUUGAACAAAGCUUGUUCAUUCGACGCAGCCAGCCAUUCGUGGCUUCCUGUAGAGGGACCGCCGGUCAUCUGCAGCUGUUGCGAGGCAGAGAGCUGCGAUGGGACAGUGGAGGCACAGGGCUUCAACUCUGGGGAGAUGAGCUGGCAACAGAGCUUGUCAGCGGAGACAGCUGCUCCAGAGGCUGCUUUAGCACUGGGACCUCUGUUUGUUUUGGACCCGCAAGGGAGUGUCGAUCAGUUUCCUGGAGAACCUGGCACCAAGGAAGAGACCGUGAUGGAAGAAUUCAUACCAGCAGCGCCAAAUGUAACCCAGUCUCCCCUCAAAGAGCAGGAGGGGUCUACCGAGGUCUCGGGGGACCUGAAGGACCGUUUGGGCCUACCCCUGGGAGGACUUGUCCAGCAAGGCCCCAUCUUCCUCAAUGGGGCAGAAGAUGGCUCGGGAGCUGGAGACCAAGCUAAAGCCGCAACAGAGCGAUCCACCCUGGAAAUCAGGGCAGAGGUCCUGUCCAGGCCCCUUGAAGAUGUGGCUGCCUUUACUGCUGCAAAGCUCCCCAAGGGCGUUGUCAACAUGGUAGCCAAAGGUGGGGAACGGCCCUCCGGAGGCCUGCAGGGCUGGCCCCUGCUGCUGACGGGCGCCGCCGCGGUGGCCCCGCUGCCCCUGGCCGCCUGGCUCCUGGUCAGAAGACGUCGCCGCCUCCGCCUGGCAGCUCCGGCCAGCCUGGCGCUCUAACGCAAAUAAAAACGCGCUUCGA